AUGGCACAACCCAGUCAUGACGAAAGACCGCUGAUUGACCCGGUUGCAACUCCUGGUCCACUCAUGGAAUCGGGCAUGGAAGAGCGCUCUGGUCCUCAGCCAACUGAAACGACCGUGCUUCUCCCCCGAUCCAACGGCGAGAAACCGUCCAAUGUCCACUAUCGAAACAUCUCUGGCCCACGCUUUGUUUUCCUGUUCACCAGCAUCAUGUUUGGUUCGACAAUUGCCUUCUUCGACUCCACGCUCAUGGCAUCUUCUCACCCAGUCAUCACAUCCUACUUCCACGCCUCCAACGCCGCGUCUUGGCUGAGUACCGUCUUUUACUUAACAUCCACCGUCUUUCAACCCCUGUACGGCCGCGUGUCCGAUACCAUUGGUCGACGACCGGUGUUCCUGUUUGCCAUCUUCAUGUUCUUCGCCAGUACGGCAUGGUGUGGCGCUGCAAGGACCAUGGGGAGUUUCAUUGCCGCCAGGGCCGCGUGCGGUUUGGGUGCGGGUGGUGUGACUGCCAUGGCUGGAAUUUUGACCAGUGAUGUUGUCAAGAUCGAGUAUCGGGGGAUUUACCAGAGUUAUUUCAACAUGUCUUUUGGGCUCGGAAAUGGCCUUGGGGCCGCCUUGGGUGGAUUCCUGUGUGACCAUUUCGGCUGGCGCGCCGCAUUCUACCUCCAACUCCCUUUCAUAUUGGUAUACGGCCUCUUGGGUUUCUUCUCCUGUCCCCCCGACCUCGGACCCAACCUGGCCCAAACCCACGGCAAAACACUCCGAGAAGCUUUCAAAACAUUCGACACGUUCGGCGCCAUCGGCCUCACGGCAACAGUCACUUGUCUCAUCCUCGGCGUCAAUCUGGGUGGCAACGUCUUCACCUGGACACAUCCACUCGUGAUCACCAGCCUCGUCCUCUUCGUGGUCGCCGCCACAUCGCUAUUCUUCAUCGAGCGAGAGGCCCAAUUGCCUAUUCUUCCCCUCAAAUUCCUCUCAACGAUUCCGAACGGCAAUCUCAUGUGGGGGAACUUCUUCGGGGCCAUCGUCACCAACACGGUCCUCUUUAAUGUGCCCCUGUACCUCCAAGCCGUUCGACAAACCACACCUACCGUUUCAGGCCUCUACCUCGUCUCGCCCCUCGUAGGCGUCAGCAUCACCUCGCUCAUUGCUGGCGCCUACAUCACCAUCACGCGCCGAAUGAAACCGCCCGUGGCCGCCGGCACAUUCUCCAUGUUCUGCGGCGCCGUCUCCGUAACCUGCCUGUCAUCUUCUACGCCCAUCUCGCUCGUCCCCGUCCUCAUCCCCAUAUGCUCCAUCGGACAAGGUUUCUACUUCCCCGCCACCACCAUUGCCGUGCUCGCUCUGAACUCGCAGGACGAACAAGCCGUGACCACCACAACGCUGGGGCUCCUGCGCAAUCUCGGCUCCAUCCUCGGCGUCGCCAUCAGCAGCUGGAUCCUCCAGAACGCACUACUCAUCUACCUCGCCAAAUGCAUUACGGACCCCGACCAAGCGACGAAGAACCACAUCAUCCGCACGGUCCGAGAGUCGAUCUCGGCCAUCGCGACCUUGGACCCUGUGCAUAAACGGCAAGUCAUUGAAGCCUACGCGCUGAGUCUGCGCGUCACUUUCACCACCGGCAUCGUCGGCGGGUUGUUGUCUAUCGGCCUGAUUUGGCCUGUACACCUGCCUCGAUUGCCAAGGCAGGCAGACAUGGAUAACCGGGACGCCGGCGUCUUUGUGCCGAACGAAGAGGUAGCGGAAUACGAAUAUGAGACUGAUGCUGACGAAGACGAUGACGAUGACGACGAUCAAGCGCUCCUCGACACCCCGCCACAGUCCAUCCAUCGCACAUUGACGGAGAAUACGGUACACAGUCGGACAUCGAAUUCUAUGGUAGGGUUCGAGGGAAGAGUCUCGAUACACGGUCGCGGGAGGCGUGCGAGCUUCGAUACAAGAUUCUAA